UAGAGUUCAGUCUGCAUCGAGGAGAGCAAGUGCAACCUCACAGGAAUUACAUCUCACAGGGAGCUGGGAUACCAAGUGAGGUCGGCAGCCGGAAUGUAACAUCACCCAGGCCCCGCAUCACUACCAGCCACAGGUCGGGGCUGUACUGGAAGAGGACAAUGUGAACCGAGCAGCCCCCUGGAACUCAACAAGAGAGUCCAUCCCAGCUCUCCCAGGAAAAGAAUCAUGGGAAUCUUCAUCGCCCUGAGUUUGUUCCUCUCCAUUCUGGUCACCGUCACCCUCCUCCUCUCAUACUUGAAGCAGACGAAGAUGGCAAACCAGCUUCCCCCAGGACCCACUCCACUGCCCCUGCUGGGAAAUCCCAGUUAUGUGACCAAGGAGGGAGCUUGUAAAUAUUAUCCUGAGCUCAGUAAGAAAUAUGGCCCAGUGUUCACUGUAUGGAGGAUGACAGAGCCCAUUGUGGUUCUCUGUGGGUACGAGGUGGUAAAGGAUGCCCUGGUGAAUCAUGGUGAUCAAUUCAGUCAGCGCCCCAAAUACCCAACAAUAGACAUUUACAGCAAAGGAUACGCGUUCAGCAGUGAGUGCAAACACUGGCGCCAAAUGCGUCGCUUUUUGUUAGGUGCACUGAGGAAUUUCGGUAUGGGGAAAAAAACCAUGGAGGACGAGAUUCAUGUGGAGCUGCGUGAUCUGAUUUCGGCCAUAUCCCAAACUGGAGGAAAAACAUUUAACCCCAUCAAUCUCUUGGGAUCUGCUGUGAACAGCGCCAUCAGCUACGUUUUGUUUGGGGAAAAGCUUGAUUACCAGGACCCAAAAUUGCAUGAGCUUAUAAUUGCAGUUCGGAAGCACAUUAGCAGCAUGCUCUCACCUAUUCAUCAGAUAUGCAAUACAUUCCCAUUUCUCCUGAAACUCCCAAUUAUGAAACACCAUGUAUAUAAAGACAUUUUUGAUAUACAGCACUUUGUCAGAAAGCAGAUUUCUCGUCACAGAGAGACCUUGGACAUAAACUCUCCCAGAGAUCUCCUGGAUUAUUUCCUGGUGAAGCAAAAAGAGGAGGAGUUAAAUCCAGGAAGCAUUUUCAAUGACACCAGCCUUAUAGUUCUGAUGAGCGGGAUACUGGCUGCAGCCACGGACACCACUAGUUCCACCCUAAAGUUCUGCCUUGUUGUCAUGACCCACUUCCCAGAAAUCCAAGAAAAAGUUCAGCGAGAGAUCGAUGAGGUAGUUGGCCCUGAACGGUUUCCUGGAAUGCAGGAUAGACCACAGCUGCCGUACACCAACGCCGUAAUCCACGAAUGUCAGAGGAUUUUGGAUUUGGCGCCCAUUGCUCUUUAUCAUGCAUUGACGGAGGACACCCACUUCCGAGGAUUCAUGCUCCCCAAGGGGACAACAAUCAUCCCUUUUCUUUCCUCUGUGCUGACUGAUCCAAUGCUGUGGGAGACGCCUGAUGAGUUCAACCCCGGCCAUUUCCUGGAUGAUAAGGGCCAGUUCAAGGCAAACCCAGCAUUCAUGCCAUUCUCUGCUGGAUUGCGGAUGUGUCUCGGAGAGAACUUGGCUCGAAUGGAGCUUUUCCUCUUUAUCUCGGCUCUGCUCCAGAAAUUCACUUUCACCAGAACACCUGGAUCUAAACAGUUGGACUGUAAAUCUAUGAGAAAUAACAAGCCUGCGAUGAUAGUGAGCUCCGAGCUUUGCGCUGUCCCUCGCUCCACGUCCUCGGUCACUAAGUGAUGACAUGAGGAGGACACCAGCUCACUUUAUAAAUGUACCUUCAAGAAUGAUAACUUUUAAUAUAUUGUUACAGAUUACAAAUAAUUCUAAAGAUCAGACCCA